UUACCAAAUCUGAAAUAGAGCUCUUUAGUGAAAAGGGGAAAGAGGGAGAUCUGAGUUCCAGAGGCCUCCAUUUCAACCGCCUUGCUCAGAGGGAGGAGGGAAGAGCGGAGUUCCAGAGACUUCCAUUCCAUAGUUUUUAAACUGCCUUGUCUUUGGAGAAAAAAAAGGAAAGAAGGGGAAAACAGCCCCACAUGGCUCUGUGGCUAUUAUGCAAGAAACACAAAAAUACCAAUGGAAGUGUGACUAUUACAUGGUGGCAACUGUUACGCAAAGAAAUACGGUAAUUACUCAGAGUAAAGUUCAAGCUCCUUGUCCACACCCUUGCCUUUUAUUCCAGCUGAUUUUGUACUUUGGGAGCUUUGACCCCUAAGCUGGAGUUUGCUUGUACCACGGAUUACAUCCUUUAGUAUUGCUGGAUGAAGUACAUCAGAUUUUGGGGACUUGGAUUUAUUUUAAACAGGGACAGUUGUAUAGAAAAGGCCUUUUUCUUGACACCAGAGACCAUGGUACUAAAAGUAGCAAUUAUUGGGGCAGGUGUGAGUGGACUGGCCUCCAUCAAAUGCUGCCUGAGUGAAGGACUGGAGCCUACCUGCUUUGAGAAGAGUGAUGGAAUUGGAGGUCUCUGGCAAUUCACAGAAAUUCCUGAAAGGGGAAGAAACACUGUGUACAGAUCGGUGAUAACCAAUACCUCCAAGGAAAUGACUUGCUUCAGUGACUUCCCAUUCCCAGAGGAUUGCCCAAACUAUCUACACCAUUCUGUCCUCCUGAAGUAUCUCAGGGCAUAUGCAGAACAUUUCCAGCUUCUGGACCAUAUACAGUUUAAGACUACAGUAUACAGCAUCAGAAAACAUCCAGAUUUCGCAUCCACAGGACAGUGGGUAGUUCAUACUGAGACUGAUGGGCAGCAGGCAUCAGCCAUUUUUGACGCUGUUAUGGUUUGCAGUGGCAGUUAUGCAGAGCCAAGGCUACCACUAGAUUCCUUUCCCGGAAUUGAGAAGUUCAAGGGUCGCUAUUUACAUAGCUGGGAAUACAGAGAUCAAAAAGAGUUUGAAGGGAAAAGUGUCCUUGUCAUUGGUGCUGGGAAUACUGGAGGGGACAUUGCUUCAGAGAUCUGCCGCACAGCUGCUAAGGUCUUUCUCAGCAUCAGAAAUGGAACAUGGGUGCUCAGCCGUGUUGCAGUAUCUGGCUGGCCUUCUGACAUGAUUUUUGGAAGUCGCCUGAUGACAUACUUUCAGUGGAUUCUUCCAGGAUGGAUAGUGCGUAGAAUGAAGGCAAAGAUAUUCAAUCGAUGGUUUAACCAUGAGAACUAUGGAUUGGUUCCUGUUCAAAGCUCAUGGACACCUGUGAUAGUGAAUGAUGAGUUGCCCUGCUGCAUCCUCUCUGGUGCCAUUGUAGUAAAGCCAAAUGUGACGGAAUUUACGGAGACUUCGGUCAUCUUCAAGGAUGGAACAAGAGAAAACAAUAUAGAUGUGAUCAUCUUUGCUACAGGUUACAGUGCCUCUUUUCCUUUCUUGGAAGAGACAAUUCAAAACAUCUGCGAUAACAGCGUAUCUCUUUAUAAACGCAUCUUCCCUCCUCACUUGGAAAAACCUACACUGGCAAUCAUUGGUUUUAUAGCAAUAAAUGGAUCGAUUCCACCUGUGGCAGAACUUCAGGCUCGCUGGGUCACAAGAGUGUUUAAUGGGUUGUGUAAAAUCCCACCAGCAAACAGAAUGAUGGGUGAAGUUGCUAAACGGAAGAAGGCUCUUAUUAAAAUAGGAUUUCCCAUGGAAAAGGACAGUGCAAAGGCAAGCUUUGUUGCCUACAUGGAUGAAAUUGCUGCUUGUAUAGGGGUUAAACCCAACUUGCUGUUGCUCUUCCUAUUGGACCCCCAAUUAGCCUUGAAAAUUCUUUGUGGACCCUGCACUCCUUAUCAGUUCCGUCUGACUGGACCGGGAAAAUGGGAACAAGCCAGAAGCGCAAUCCUGACAGAGUGGGAUCGAGUUCUAAAGCCCUUGAAGACUAGAGUCGUCAAUAAUCCCAGGCACUCCACAGCUUCUUUCUGGUUUCUGGCCCUUGGCUUUUCAUUCCUUGGGGCUUCUUUGGUCAUUUUAAAAUGCUCAUCACGUUCAUGACAACUUAGGAGAAAGUAAUGGGAGAGGUGCACUUUUCACAUUACAUUGAUCUUGUGGUUUCAUUGUUUCAUUGAUUAGGUAUAUAUCCAAUACAACACAAGAAAAAAAGAAAUAAAAUCAGACAUUAAAAUAUUUAAAACAAGAGGCAUACAAUUCUGCAUACCAUUCAAGCAUCCAGACGGAACAAAAAUGUGACAUAUUUUCAAGUAAGUUGUAAAACAAGACUGGGAAACAUGCCGUGAUUUAAAUCUUGCUCAAUUAUUACUAAUAUUUAAAAAACAGAUUAUACAACAGCAAUUAUAUCCUUAAAUAAAUGAGAAUAAAAUGUAUCAAAUAGUCUUAAAAUUAGUAUUUUUUUUAAAAAAUGACUACUGCAAACUUAUAAAUUACAACAUGUUCCCCUAUUUCACAUGGAAAUGCUGUAGAGCAGGGGUGUCCAAACCUUUUAGGCUGAGGGCCAGUAAAUGCAUAGAGAGAAAAAGGAGAGGGACUGGAUGCAUCAGGCAUCAUUAUUUUUUCUACAAGACAGCAAUAAGAGAGUAAAAUAAUUUAAUAGCUUCUUUAAUGGGAAAAGGGUACUUGUUCAAUUACAAGGUACUGGCGUUAUAUCAAAAUUGUGCAAUUCCUGAAGAAUAAAUUAUUUUUAAAACUUA